AUGUCUUCUUCUUCCUCUGUUUCUUCAAGUUGCCACCGCACGAAGCUCUUCGAAAACGAUCUCAUCUCAAUCGUCGAUCUCCAUCUCUCUCCCUGGGGUAACACCAAGCUCCGCUCCGAUAACAUCACUGUCGUUUGCCAGCAUGGUGCGUUUGAAUGCUUGUUGGAUACGGUUGAAGCUUGUGCGAUUGAUGCGUGGCCUAAAUUGAGUGAUCAUUUUCCGUUUAUAUACUGUGUUGAGAGUUUGAAGCUUAAUUUGAACUCUAAACCUGUUGAGGAUUGUCUCAGCAGUGGACAUGGAGAUAAGCUUGAGUUGCAGUAUGCUGCAGAAACGAGUGCACUUCAGCCGCCUCAUCAGUAUGUGCCCUGGGUAGUCGUGGAUGGUCAGCCACUUUAUGAGGGGUAUCAAAGAUUAGUGUGGAGAACAAUGAAUUGACUAUCACCUGCACUCAGUACUCUAUGAGAAAUGGACGGUUACAGUACCAGACUUCGAAUCUUGUUGUUCUUGUGAAUUCAUUGGGCUUAGGCAGUUCAGAAUCAGGGUUUUGUCUUAAGUUGUAGUUAGCAGAUUGGAAGUGAAGUUUCUUCAGGAGAUUCUCAUGAUCAAUAGUAAAUGGAUGCACUGGAUACAAUUAUAUUGAUCAAGAGCAACAGAAAGUUCUCUUUAUAUGUAUGUGCUUGAUUUUCUUAGCUUUGAACUUUCUUUGUGCAUCCUUUAGUUGCCACUUCACAAAAGUCCUACCAAUAAUCUAUAGUUUUGCAAUUGUCCUUAAUUUUGUCCUUAACA